AUGCAUCUCUAUUAUUUGGCUUAUGCGGCGAUAGCUGCGCAGGCUCUCGCUGCCCCGUCACCAAAGUCUGAUAAUUCCUUAGCUCUGGAACAAUGGCUAUAUAACAGCCAAGUUGAUGAGCACGCUCUCAGUCUCUUGUAUCGACCAGAGGUUGUUGGAAUUCAAGCGUUGUAUAGUUGGAAGUCCCUUGAACCGGCGAAGGAUGAUUAUGAUUUCUCCAACAUAAGAGACGAUUACGAAAAGGUCCUCGCCAGAGGCAAAAAGUUCUGGGUACAACUUCAAGAUAGGAGUUUCAAUGCUACUGUCGACCCUGUACCCAAAUACUUGAAGACACCAUAUUACAACAAUGGAAGCGCUCCAGCUUGUGACGGAACUGCAUGUGACGCCAAUUUCACAAUCACUGGAUGGGUUGCGCAGCAGUGGAACCCACGAGUGCGACAUCGUUAUCAAGCUCUCCUAAGUGCCCUAGCUGAAGAAUUUGACGGCAAGAUUACUGGCAUCAAUUUGCCAGAAACGUCCGUCUCCGUUACUGAGGGUACAAAUAACUACACCGACGAAGAGUACUUCUUAGGCGAGCUGGAAAAUGCUGGCUACGCAGCCCAUGCCUUCAAGAAGAGCUACGCUGUGCAAUACGUUAAUUUCUGGCCCGACGGAUGGAAUAAUACCAACAACCGGUUCACCGACUCAUUUAACUUUUACGCGAAGCAUGGUGUGGGUGUCGGGGGACCAGACUUGAUUCCAAAUAAGCCGGGACAGGAGCAAAACUCGUAUGUAUACAUCCCGAUGUAUGAUGAUGAGGUACCUAUUACGGUGGUGGCCUUUCAAGAACCAGAUCUGAAAGAGAUAAACCAGAAUACUGGAAACCCGUUCACAAAGGAGGAGCUUGUUGAUUUUGCUGUUAAUGAGCUGCAUGUUCGCAUUUUAUUCUGGACGGUUGAGGCGCCUUGGUUGCAGAGCAGCUAA